AUGUACAACGGCAUCGGGCUGCAGACCACGCGGGGGUCGGGCACCAACGGGUACGUCCAGACCAACAAGUUCUUCAUCAAGCCCCGCUCCACCUCCGGCGGGGGGCCGCCGGGCGGGCCACACAGGCCGCCGCUCCCCGACGCCGCCGAUGGCGGCGGCGGCGGGCUCGGCGGGAUGCGCAAGCCCAACAGGGAGAUCCUCGAGCACGACCGCAAGCGCCAGGUCGAGCUCAAGCUGCUCGUGCUCAGGGACGCGCUCGAGGAGCAGGGCUACACCGACGGCGAGAUCGAGGAGCGCGUCGACGAGGCGCGCAAGGCCGCGGAGGCAGAGGCCGCCGCUGCCGCGGCGGCGGAGGAGGCAGGGAGCGGGCCCGGCGCCGGGCGACCACCUCUACCCGGCGGCAGAGGGUUUACAGACACACAGAGCCACCAUGUUGCGGCACGGAAGGAGAAACAACUUGAGACUCUAAGGGCUGCUUUAGGGCUGGAUGUUGAGGAUGCAAAGAAGAAGGGGGAUGUAGAAAGUGAUGUAGAAUCCGGGGAGCUUGUUCCUGGCGAGUAUUAUGAGGAACUGGAUACUGCUGGGCAAAAGGAUAGCAAGGAUUCAAAGGAUGCUAAGAAGAGCAAGAAGAAAAAAGAGAAUGACAAAAAGAGUCAACACAGAAGUUCAAGAAAGAGCGAGUACAACUCAGACUCGGAUCACGAUCAUGACACUAAAACGAAGAAGGGUUCUCGCCAUGAUUCAGAAGAUGAUUCAGAGACUGAUUAUGAUGAGAAGAAGGAAAAGAAAUACAAGAAACCUCGUCUUGGUUCAGAUGAUGAUUUUGAAAAUGAUCGGAAGAAAGCCAAGCGUGGAAAGAAUUCUCGUCAUGAUUCUGAGUCUGAUAGGGAUAGUGGCUAUGGCAAGAAGAAAACCAAACAUGCAAAGAAUGAUCAAGGUGAAAGAAAGAAGAUACCAGUGAAGAACUCUCGUCAUGAUUCCGAGUCUGAUACAGAUAGUGGCUAUGGCAAGAAGAAAACAGAACAUGCAAGGAAUGAUAGGGGUGAGAGAAAGAAGAUACCAGUAAAGAAUUCUCGUCAUGAUUCCGAAUCUGAUAAAGAUAGUGGAUAUGGCAAGAAGAAUGCGGAGCAUGCAAAGAGUGAACGCGAUGAGAGAAAGAAGGUACCAGUGAAGAGCUCUCGUCAUGAUUCCGACUCUGAUACAGAUAGUGGCUAUGGCAAGAAGAAAACAGAACAUGCAAGGAAUGAUAGGGGUGAGAGAAAGAAGAUACCAGUAAAGAAUUCUCGUCAUGAUUCCGAAGCGGAUACAGAUAGUGGGUAUGGCAAGAAGAAAACGGAGCAUGCAAAGAGUGAACGUGAUGAGAGAAAGAAGGUACCAGUGAAGAGCUCUCGUCAUGAUUCUGACUCUGAUACAGAUGGUGGCUAUGGCAAGAAGAAAAUGGAACAUGCAAAGAAUGAACGUGAUGAGAGAAAGAAGAUACCGUUGAAGAGCUCUCAUCAUGAUUCGGAGUCUGAUACAGAUAGUGGGUAUGGCAAGAAGAAAACGGAGCAUGCAAAGAGUGAACGCGAUGAGAGAAAGAAGGUGCCAGUGAAGAGCUCUCGUCAUGAUUCCGACUCUGGUACAGAUAGUGGCUAUGGCAAGAAGAAAAUGGGACAUGCAAAGAAUGAACAUGAUGAGAGAAAGAAGAUACCGUUGAAGAGCUCUCAUCAUGAUUCGGAGUCUGAUACAGAUAGUGGCUAUGGCAAGAACCAAAUGGAACAUGCAAAGAAUGAACGUGAUGAGAGAAAGAUGGUACCAGUGAAGAGCUCUCGUCAUAAUUCUGAGACUGAUACAGAUAUUGACUUUAGGAAGAAGAAAAUAGAACAUGCGAAGGGCAUUCGCGAUGAGAGAAAGAAGAUGCCAGUGGGAAGCUCUCGUCACGAUUCUGACUCUGAUACAGAUGGUGCCUAUAGGAAGAAAGUAGUGGAAUAUGCAAACAUUCAUAAUGGGAAAAACAAGAUACCAGUGCAAAGCUCUCGUCAGGAUGAGAAGCCUAGAAAAUACAAGGAAAGUUUUCGCCAUGACUCAGAUUCAGAUGGUCUUUCCCGUGAUAAGGAAAGACAACUGAAUGCUGCAGCGUUAAAAAAGGACGUGCAAGAGAAAAGGAAACUAGCUAGCUCAAGUGAGAGUUCAGAUUACAGCAGCAGCCUCAGCAGCAGUGAUUCUGACAUGAGUGCAGAUAGCUAUGAGGAACAAAAAAGGAGUCAAGCUGAAGGGAGAAGAAAUGAGCUGACUACACAAAGGCAGAAAGAGGAGGAAAGAAAAGAGCUUGAGAAGCAACAGCAGAGCGAGGUAGAGAGGAAAGAGUUGGAGAAGCAAAAGCAAAGGGAGGAAGAGCGGAUAGAGAUGGAAAAGAAAAGGCAGCGAGAGAGGGAGGAAGAGAGACAAAGGGAGAGAGAGCAAUAUGGAAGGAAAGGUGGAAAUGAUGUGGAGAGAGACAACAAAAGGAAACUGAUAGAUGAUCGGUAUGAUCCAAAUUCAAGUAGAGUUAGAGAAGAGGGAUACAAAGACUGUCAGAACAGAGAUGACAAUAGAUGGCAGGAAGAGCAUGGUCGACACAGUAGAUAUAUGGAUAGUCAUGAUUCCAAGAGGUCAAGGCGUGAUGAUGACUCGCAUUACCAUUCAAGGAGAGAUUAUGAACAGCGCUAUUCUAGAGAUGAACAUAGAGACAGAAGGCGUCACUAA